CCUGCGUCUCCCCUGUUUCCCACUGUACAGACUACAGAGAAAGAAAAAAGAGAAAAAACUGACCUAUCCCUCUUUCUUUCUUCCCCCUCUUUCUUUUUGUUUUUCUUCUCCCCUUCCAUCUUAAUUCUUAUCCCCUCCCUACCUUCCCACCCCCAAAUCACCUCUCUCUCCAAACCCUAGAAUCGUUCGUGCGCCUCCCACUUGGCGAAGAAGAUUUCGAUUCGGAUCUCAAUCCAUGGCGAACGGGACGGAGUCGAAGGAAGUUGCUGGGUCGAAGGUCCGGCCGGGGUUGAAACGGGAGUUCGCCUUCGCUUUCAGGUCGCAAUCAGAGAUCAGCGCCGGGUCGUUGGGACGGACCAGAGCCAGCACUCCGACCACUCCGACUCCGACUCCGACGACGCCGCUCAGCGGCGGCGAAGGAGGAGGAGAAGUCUCCCCGGGCAAUGCGACUACGGUGGCGUUGAAACGCUACAAGAGAUUGAGGCGUGGGGUGGCGUCGGGGAAAGAGUCGAAUGCUCGUGAUUUGGAGGCCAAGGAAGCAGUGGAAGUAGCCGGGGAAGAGGAUGCCAAGAGUGGUGUGGUGGAACUGGGCAGCGGAGACGAGGAGAUUGUGUCCGUGCAUGUGCCGAACGCUGCCGCGGGAGUGGAAAGGAAGAGUUGCGAUGUGGCGAUUUCAGUAGAGGAAAAACUCACCGGUGGUAAAUGCAAGGAACGGGCCAGCGAGAAUAUUCACAUUGUAAUGGGGUUAUCUGCGCGAGGAACCAGUAUCUCACCGCCGGUUUUGAUGGAGCAUGAUGGUUUAUGUAACGAAAUGGAUAGGGCUUCGCGCAGGAAAUUAAACUAUAAUCCUAACCAUGUCUCCGAGGAAGGAACUAGUGGGUUGGCCGGCGGUUUGGUCAACGGUAAAGGUGAUGCCGAAGAGUCGAAACCUGUUUCGGUCAGAAAGGAUGAUUGUAACAGCGGUAAGGUAGAGGGAAAACCCUUAAGGAGGUUUACGAGGUCAGCCCUGAAGCCAAGAUCCGAGGAAGUGACGACUUCAGGGUUAGAUGAUAUCGCGAAAAUCAAAUGUAGUGUGCAAUCUAAGCAGGGUGAUGGCUGGAAUGUUUGCGAGGACGGAACUGAUGUAUCAUCCCCGGUCAAGGUAGAGGGGAAGCCUUUCAGGAGGUUUACAAGAUCAGCCCUAAAGCCAAAAUCUGAGACGACGGUCGCAAAUGAACAGUCAAAAGAUGGGUUGAGUGCUGAUAACAUCGAUGAGGAUGAAGUAGAUAAUGCAAUGCCUACCAGUUCUGCUUCAACUAAUGGAUUGAUGAGAAAUUCAUCUAAGCGGUUUCCAUCCAAGUUGAAAGAUCUGCUUGAUUCUGGUAUCUUGGAGGGACAACAUGUGGAUUAUAUACGGGGCUCUAAGGUGAGAGGAGUUGGAGAGACAGGGCUGCCCGGAAGGAUUGUGGGAACAUCAAUUCUAUGCUUUUGUGACAGCUGUGGAGGAAAAGAGACGGUAACGCCUGCAACAUUCGAGAUUCAUGCUGGCAGUACGAAUAAGCGUCCACCAGAUUAUAUUUACCUUAAGAGUGGGAACUCACUCCGUGAUAUAAUGAAUGCUUGCAAAGGCGCUUCAGCAGAAGCGUUGGAGGGGGUUAUACAACUUGCGAUUGGUUGUCAGUCCUUGAAGAAGGCAAAGUUCUGUCUCAACUGCAGAGGGUCAAUGGUGGACACUGCAUCUGGGAGUUCAAUGAUUUGUUGCUCGUCAUGCAUGAACUUAAAGGAUACUAGUGCUUGUUUGUCCACUGCUAGAGUUGUACAUGACAGUCCCAGGUCUCCUGAACCACCUUUAGUCCGAAAGACAUUUGACAGUGUGCCAAAGCCCUCAGCAUCUCAAAGCAAGAGCCUGGGCAGACUUACCAGAAAGGACCUACGGUUGCACAAACUAGUUUUUGAGGAAGACGUGUUGCCUGAUGGAACUGAAGUUGCAUAUUAUUCUCGUGGACAGAAAUUGCUUGUGGGCUAUAAGAAAGGCUUUGGAAUAGUUUGUUCUUGCUGCAACACUGAGGUUAGCCCAUCUCAGUUUGAAGCUCAUGCUGGUUGGGCAUCACAUCGGAAACCUUAUUUGCACAUAUAUACAUCAAAUGGUGUGUCCCUUCAUGAGUUGUCAGUUUCUCUUGCCAAAUGUGGGAAGUUCUCUACACACGAGAAUGAUGACCUUUGCCAGAUCUGUAAAGAUGGUGGGGAUCUUGUAUGUUGUGAUGGGUGCCCAAGAUCUUUUCACAAAGAGUGUCUAUUGCUGGCGAGCAUUCCUAAUGAUAAAUGGUACUGCAAAUACUGCGUGAACAACCAGAAUGAAAAAUUUUGGGAGCGUAAUGCGAAUGCAAUAGCAGCAGGCAGGAUUGCAGGGGUGGAUCCUAUAGAAGAGAUAACUAGGAGAUGUAUUCGUAUUGUCAAAACUAUGGAUACUGAUUAUGGGGGAUGUUUCUUCUGCAGAGAACAUGAUUUCGACAAAUCGUUUGGUCCCCGUACAGUCAUACUUUGUGAUCAGUGUGAGAAAGAGUUCCAUGUGGGCUGCUUAAGGGAUAACAACAUGCAAGAUCUGAAGGCUUUACCUGAAGGAGAUUGGUUUUGUUGCAUAGAAUGUGACAAAAUUCAUUCUGCUUUGCAAGCUUUGGUUGUUCGGGGGGAGGAGAAGCUUACAGGUUCUUGUCUAGACAUUAUAAAGCAAAAGCAUAAGGUUGAAAGUGUGAACACCGAGGAAUGUGUUGAUGUGAGAUGGAGGCUUCUUAAUGAAGGAGUAGAUCCAUCUGCAGACAGUGCAAGCUUGCUCUCUGAUGCUGUCACCAUCUUCCAUGAACGCUUUGAUCCUAUUGUGGUUGAGACAUCUGGCCGCCAAGGAGACCGGGAUCUCAUCCCUUCUAUGGUCUAUGGAAGGAACAUCAAAGGCCAGGAACUUGGUGGAAUGUAUUGUGCUGUGCUGUUAGUCGACAAUGUGGUUGUUUCUGCUGCUAUAAUCAGGGUGUUUGGGCAAGAGCUGGCUGAACUUCCUUUGGUUGCAACAAGUAGUCAGUUCCAAGGACAGGGUUAUUUCCAAGUCUUGUAUGAUUGUCUGGAGAAACUCCUCGGAUCCCUCAAUGUGAAGAAUUUUAUACUCCCUGCUGCCGAAGAAGCCGAAUCCAUCUGGAUGAACAAAUUCGGUUUCACUAAGAUGAAUCAGGAUGAGGUGGUGAAGUUCAGGAAGGAUUAUCAGAUGAUGGUAUUUCAAGGCACAUCAAUGCUGCAGAAACCAGUCCCCAACUGCAGAAUCGUCGGCAAGUCUGAAGGCGGCUGAUGCAGUGCAGGCACCAAGGUCUCUAAUUUUGACAAGGGGAAUGCAACUUUUUUGGACAGCUUCCUAGUAGUGUACAGAAUCGGUUUUCUUUCGUUGUUUUUCCUCGCUACGCCUUCCUUUUUAUGGUGCGAAGGGUGGCAGGCAGGGCGCAUAUAUGGAUACAGUAGUUGACAGUGGAGGUGGGAAGGGAGUUUUGCCUCAAAUUCUUUUUUGUAGAAAUAUAGAAAGUGGGGAAAGCAAGAGUGCUAACUAGUAACAAGUAGGGUUUUAGUUAGAUCAGUCAGCUAAGCUUGAUGGUGCGAAGAUGGAUGGAAAUGUAGAAAACAGAAAGUACAGGCACUAACUAUUAAGUAGCUACAGUUUGCAGAAAUUCUGGCUUCCAUCAUUUUGUCUUCUUCGUGCAAAGAGAAUAUGUAUGAACAGUUUUGUACUUCUCUUCGUGUCAUGAUAGUUAACAGAAGUUUACUGAGGGUUCGUGAGGAAGUUGUGAUUUCAAAUGGUGUAUUGAUCUAAUUCAUGUAUUUAUGAGAUUAAGU